AUGGCUCCCACAGUAUUGACUGCUUCCACUUACGGAAAAGACAACGUAAAAUUCCUCAAGGUCAAAAAGGACCCAUCCAACCCCCAAAAACAGGAGGUCAUGGAGGCUACAGUCAAGAUCCUGUUGACUGGUGAUUUCGACAUUUCCUAUACGAAAGCAGACAACUCGCCUAUUGUUCCCACCGACACUGUCAAGAACACCAUUCUGGUGGAGGCCAAGACGUUUGACAUCUGGCCCAUCGAGAGGUUUGCAGCCCAUCUUGCUGAGCAUUUCAUCAAGAAGUACAGUCAUGUUUCUGGAAUUGAUGUCACCAUUCACCAGCAUCGCUGGUCAAGAAUCACCAAGGAAGACGGAACUCCAUAUGACCACUCUUUCUUGAAGGAUGGCGAGGAGCUAAGAGUGGCUUCUUUGAAUUACAAAAGAAACGGGGACUUUGUGCUGACUUCUGGACUGAAGGACCUGACUGUUCUCAAGUCCACCGGGUCAAUGUUUUAUGGAUUUCACGACUGUGACUAUACCACACUUAUUCCCGUGACCGACCGUAUUCUUUCUACCGAUGUGGAUGCUGCAUGGGAAUGGGAUAGCAAGAAGCUCGGUUCUAUCAAGGCCAUCUAUGGACUUGCCGAGUCCGGUGCCAUUGAUGCUGCCUUCAAGCACGCCAGACAAGUGACUCUGGACUUGUUUGCUAUCGAAAACUCGCCUUCUGUCCAGGCUACCAUGUAUAACAUGGCUUCCAAGAUCUUGUCGCUGGUUCCUCAGGUCAGGACGGUGUCAUACUCGUUGCCCAACAAGCACUAUUUCUUGAUAGAUUACAAGUGGAAGGGCCUCAAGAACGACAACGAGGUUUUCUAUCCAUCUCCACACCCCAACGGCCUGAUCAAAUGUACCGUUGCGAGAGAUAUCAAGGCCAAAUUGUAA